AUGCGUGGAUUUGAAAAGGACUUGCACCUGAAGGGUCAAGAGUUUGCGACGUUGCUGUCGAUCUUGUACGUUGGAUAUAUCAUUAUGCAGGUUCCUUCCAACAUGCUGCUCAACUUCAUGGGGAAGCCAUCUUUGUACCUCCCGAUUUGUAUGAUUAUUUGGGGUGUUAUUUCCAUCUUGACAGGAAUCACGAACGAUUUUGUAGGAGCAUUACUCACUCGCUUCUUCCUUGGCUUUGUGGAGGCCGCAUUCUUCCCGGGUGCGCUCUUCAUCCUCAGCAAGUGGUACAAGCGCGACGAGCUCGGCGCGCGCACCGCACUGCUCUACUCCGGCGCGAUAUUCUCCAACGCCUUCGGCGCGCUCAUCGCAUCUGGCAUCCUUGACGGUAUGGGGGGCAAGCUCGGCCGCGCCGCCUGGCGCUGGCUCUUCUACGUCGAGGGCGCGCUCACCGUCGCCGUCGCGCUUAUCGCCGUCUUCAUCCUCCCGGACUUCCCGGCCACGACGCGGUGGCUCACCGACCCCGAGCGCCGGCUCGCGAUGCGUCGGAUGGAGGAGGACGUCGGUGUGGGUGACGAGGGGCAGACGGAGACGGGCGGGCACGCGGCAGGCCUGAUCCUCGCGGCUAAAGACUGGAAGGUGUGGUGGCUAGCGGUCGCUCAGACCGCGCAGGUCAUCGCGCUGAGCUUUAACGCGUACUUCCCGACCCUCACCGCGACGCUGGGGUACAACCCGACCGUGACGCUGCUGCUGUGCGCGCCGCCGUUCAUCCUAGCUGCCCUCGUGGCGUUCGCUGUGGCUCGCCACUCUGAUAAGACGGGUGAGCGGUACUGGCACGUCACCAUCCCCAAUCUUGCCGGCGUGCUUGGGUUUGUUAUCGCCGCAUGCACGAUGAACACUGCUGCUCGAUACGUCUCCCUGUUCCUAAUGGCGUCAUCCUACUCCGGCUUCGUGGUCUUAUACACUUGGAUCAGCGGCUCCAUCCACCGCCCUCCGUCGAAGCGUGCGGUCACGCUCGCGCUCACCAACGCUUUCUCGCAAUUAGGCAACAUCUCUGGGUCGUAUAUCUGGCCGAGCGCUUGGGGCCCAACCUAUCGCUACUCUUACGCGAUCUGCAUCUCCUGCUCCGGUUGUGCGGCCAUCAUGCUAUACAUCUUCAAACUCCAUCUGGAGAGUUUGAACCGGGAGUUUGACCGCGAAGAGCAGGAGAAGGGCGUGAAGGAGAAGGGGUUCAGAUAUUUCGCUUGA